AUGAAGCUGUACUGGGACCCACUUCUGACUGGAGACCUGAUUCCUGGCGGAGGGCAGCCACCUUGGAGCAAGCUAAGAGAUGAGGCUCAGAAGUUGCAGACGCUUCUGCGGCGUCUUCACAGGUUCUACCAGGAUGAUCUGCAACAGCUGAUCCUUACAUCUCCGCCUAAUAUAUAUCUUUUGGCCAGAGAUCCCCUUACAGCGCAGGGAGUCAAAGAGAUGAGGAAGCUGCUCUUGCUUUUGCUUGGUGGUGCGGUGCAGUGUGAACAGCGAGAUGAGAUCAUUGGCCGUAUCCAGACCCUGGACAUUGAUACUCAGGCUGCCUUGGCUUCUGCCAUCCAAGAGGUGACCCAAGAGCCCGAGAACAUGCUGAGGCUGCAGUGGAAGGAACUGGCGCCCUUGGAGAUGGAACGGCUCCUUCGGGGCUUGGUAUCCCGGGUUCGAGACUUGGUACAUGAACGAGACGCUGGCUUGGAGAAAUUAUGGGAACUGCAACAGCAACAGCAGGAACCUUCUCAGGUACCCCCUUCCGAAAACAACCAUCAGCAUCUAGGGGUGCAGUUGGCCGAAACCCGAGCCCAGAUGCGGCGUCUGCAGCAGGAACUGGAAGAGAAGAUGGAAGAACUUCUGGAUCAACAGGAUGAAUUAAAGGAUUUGGAGGGGCAACUUCACAAGAUGCGGCAAGAGAACCAGAAGCUGGCAGGGGAAGCCCGGCUGGCUGGGCUGUACCGGGAUGAACUGGAUGUCUUCCGAGAGAAAGCUGUGAAGACAGAUCGGCUUCAGGCAGAACUGACGGCCCUGCGGGAACGGUUACCCGCUUUAGAGCAAUGCCGGGUCCAGCUAAAGGAGGAGCGUGAAUUUUCUCAGGCUUUGCUGGAGACCAAGGCUAUGUUGGAAGGGCAGCUGGAGACAGUUCGCACCCGGGGGCAGCAUCUGAACUGGCUGGAGAAGGAGAAAGAGAAAUUGCAAAGCAGCCUAAGCCAGGCUGAAGAGGAACGGGACCAGCUGUAUCAUCAGACAGAGGAGCUGCUGAGAGAGAACCUGGCUUUGGAGCGAGAGCUGCGGAAAGGUUUGGGAGAACCCCUUGACUUCCUCCGGGCAGAAGAGCUGGAGGCUGACUGGGACCCAGAGGAACCCUACAAGGUACCCGUGUUGUUGAGCUCUGAGGUGAUGGAGGCUGGCCGGUUGCCUGCCCUAGAGCGGGAAAACCAGGAAUUGAGAAGGAGGCUGCAAGAGGCGCUGGAAAAGACCGACGACUCUGGGAGCUUGAGGAAGGAGCUAAAAACUAUGGAUCUUCUUUACAGAGAGGUGGAUCUGCAGGCCAAAGAGAAGGCAUCGGACGUUCACAAUCAUCUGCCACAAACUCGGAACCAGCAGGCUGAGGAGAAGCGGAGCGAGGCAGAGGGAUUGGCCUCAGAGAUGGGGAGAAGCCAGGUGCUGGAGCAAGAGGCCAAAGCCUUGCUGGCAGGAAUGGAAAAUGCACUGUUAGAGGUUCAGACUUCACUGAGGGAGGCUGAGCAACAAUGGGAGGCGGAGGCCCUUCGAGCUCUGAGCCUUGAGGAAAGACUGAGGAGCCUCCAAGAGGUCCAUGCUGAAGCUCUAGAAAAACUAGAGCGUGAGCGUGAGCAGAGAAGCCUGGAGGCUGGGCGUCUAGUGGAAGAGGUCCAAGCCUUGGAGCGCGAGCGGGAAGCCCUGCAGGCCGGAGCUCAGGCUUUGCAGGCCGCAGCCACCCAAGCUGAGUUUGAGCUGGGGGAAGCCCGGCGGAACCUUCAAGACGAACGGCUGCAGGGGGCCCGGCUGGCCCAGAAAGCUCGUCUGGCGGAGGAGGGCACGAAUGACGCCCAGCAGGAGGUGGAGGCCUUGCAGCGCAGCUUGGAGCAGUACAAGGUGACCUUGGCACAGCUGGAGGUGGAGAAGGGGGCUUUGGAGGAGGCGUUCAGCCAAGUCGAAGGCCAGCGGCGGCAGCUGGACAAGGACAACCGGCGCAUGAAGGCACAAGCACAGGCCCAGGAAGAGGCGCUGGUAGCGCAGAGACUCCGUCUCGCUCACCUCGAGACCCAGAGCCGGCAGCAGGUGACGGAGCUGAGCCAGCUGCAGGACGUCUCCCAGCGAGUCAGUGAGCUGGAACGGGAGAACGGUGGCCUGAAGGAACAGCUGAAUGCCAAGUGUGAAGCGUCAACCAGCUUGGAGAAGGACCUCCAGAGGGUAAAGGCAAAGGGCGAAGAGAAGGAAACAGCUUUGGCUCAGCUGAGAGAGCAGCUGUUAAGGAAAGAAGGUGGUUCCAAGGAAGAGCUACAGAGCACGGAGUGCAGCCCUGUUGAAAAUCAGGAGCUCCAAGACAGAGCUUCCUCAGGGAAGAAGCUGGAGGAAGAGAACAGCACCCUCAAGAGGCAGGUUCAAGAACUGCAUUCUCUCAACCAGCAACUUACAUAUGACCUUCAGAAGGCAAAGAGAAGUUCUUUUGUUCCUCCAUCGCUGGAAGAACCUACAGUUCAGAGCACCGAGGGACAGAAACAGCCUUCCCCCUGCCUGCCCCCCUUCCAGGCCAAUACAGAAAGUGAAGCCCUGAGUGUGAAUCUCACUGAAGUGGAAUACAGAAACGCUGCUCUCCAGGAUGAGAAACUGGCACUUACAGCACAGCUGGGCCAGCUGGACUCGCAAGUCAGCAGCCUGAAGGAGGCGCUGCUGAGCCUGCAGGGUCAGAGGUCCGAGGCGAAGGAAGAAAGCGGGAGAUGGCAGAAGCAGAAUGGUGAAUUGCAAGUGGAGACAGCAGCAUUGCGUUCCCAAAAAGCAUUACUGGACUUUCAGGCCCUGGAGCUGCGGCAAAGGCUGGCCGGCCUGGAGGCAGAAUCUCGCAGAGCCCACCAGGAACAGGAGGAGUGGCGGGGCCGCUAUGAAGCUCUCCUGCGGGACCACGACCGCUUGACAGUUUUGCACGAGAGGCAGGGAGCUGACCUGGAGGGGCUGCUGGGUAAGCACGCUAGCCUCAAGGGGGCGCUGCGCAGCCUGGAACAGGAGCACCGCGAACUACAGGACAGGCAUAACCACCUGGAGGGGCAAAGAGCUGGUCUUGAACAGAGGGAAGAGGUGGUGCGGGGGCAACAGAAGAGACUGGAGGAAGCCGAGCGAGAUCACCAGGAGCUGAAAAAGCAACACAGCCACCUGACGGAGGAGCACGACAAGGUGAAGCAGAUACUGGCACAGUCAGAAAGGACACAAGAUGACCUCCAGGGGGAGCUUCGUAGCUUGAGGAACCGGAUGACGAGUCUGCAGCUGGAGCAGGCCAGAUGGGAGGCAGAGAACGGGGCCCUGAAGGAGCAGAAUCAGCAGCUGGACACGACGUUGGGGCGCCUCAGCACCCAAUGCGAACUCCUGGCCCAGUUGAAGGGGAACCAGGAAGAGGAGAACCACCACCUUCUGCAGGAGAUCCAGGCACUAAGCAGGGAGAACAGGCGCCUGCUGGAACGCAGCAUGGAGAGCCGCGAGCAUUUCCAGGAAGAGCAGCGUCAGUACCUGGACAAACUAGGUGAACUGCGUAGGGAGAAGCAGAAACUGGUGGAGAAGAUUAUGGACCAGUACCGGGUGCUGGAGCCAACCCUUCCUCGUGGCAAGAAAAGUAAUUGGAUCGCUGAGAUAUUUAAGAAGCUGAAGAAACCUCGCCGGGAGGCCCCCCGGGAACAGCUGCGGCCCACGGCUGAGGGUGCAGGCAGUCUGACGGGGCAGGAAGGGCCCGAAGCUGAUGGGGCAGCUUCCAGCGCUCCUAGCUCACCAGCCCUCCUGUUCAAAGCCAGCAGCACCCUCAGCCUCAUCGAUGCCCACCAGGUGCGCCUCCGACGACGCAGGCUCAGUUCCCGCAUACAUGUCCUGGAGUCACCAGGGCCCCGGAAUGGAGAGGGCCUAAGCACACCCCGCCAGCGGUUCCGUCAGCGGCGACUCGGAAUGCUGGGGGGUUCCCAAGAAGAGUAUGCCGUGGUCGCUUCAGCUGAAUGGCAACUCCCGAGACAGGUUUCCACAAGCAGCCAAGAGGAGAGAGGACCGCCCCUGGGUGAAGAAGAGCAGGCCCCUAAAAGCCACAACCCCUGACAAUUCAGAGUGGGAGUUGUCCAAAUCUUUCCAGCUUCCACUGUUGGAACCAUCACAUGGCAGAGGGACGGGAACUCCGCUUCUGCUCCCCCAACAACAAAUGCUGAACAUGACAGCUGAUUUUCAAGGACUUCAAGGAAGAUCAUGCUUAAUUCAUGGGCUCAAGAUUAAUCUAUUCUAUCCCAAGGAUCUGACUGUAAGAGGGAAGGAAACCUACUAGAGACAGCACAAUGGACCUUUCCACACAAAUCCCCAAAAUGUUUCUAAAAUGUUUUCGGACCCCCCCGCCCUUUACCACAAUGUAUGUCCGCAC